UCCAAUCCAAAUAUCAUCGAAUGUGUAACAAUCCAACCUGAACCAACCCAACUCAACCCGAACGUGCUUUAGCCUGGAUCAACUCUCCAUUUGGUUGGUAAAUCAGUUGACCUGCAAUAAAAUUUGAAGCUACCAUGAAAUCAAAGAAAUUACACUCAGUGCACAACUACACCUACAAAUUCACAAUAAUCACAUAAUGCUACAGACAUUUUCCACCUUCUUGCCGACGCAUGUGGCGCCGGCACCCGUCCCACAUACCGAGGCUACCUUACUCCAUAUUCUCCGCCCACCUCGUCCUCACGCUCCAUCUCUAUGUCAGCCGUUCAACUUCAACAGUCGACGCCUCGUUUACCCUCUUCAGCGGCGCUCAAUUCUUCCCGCCUGCUCUGUCAAUGCGCCUGCAUUUGAUGUUAGAAGUGGCAAAGGAAUGAAAGGUUUUGUAGAGAUUGAAUUGAAAGUACGCGAUUACGAAUUAGAUCAAUAUGGUGUUGUCAACAAUGCUGUCUAUGCAAGUUAUUGCCAACAUGGUUGGGAGAAAUGUUUGAAAUUACUUGUGGAUCACAACAAUGGUUACCUGAAGUUACUUGCCGGCAAAGUAAAAGCAAGAUCGGAUCAACAAUAUCCACUUGAUUUUGCACGUCAUGAGCUUUUAGAAAGUAUUGGUCUUAGUGCUGAUGCAGUCGCUCGUAGUGGUGACGCACUUGCAUUGUCAGAAUUGUCUCUCAAAUUCCUUGCGCCUCUUAGGAGUGGAGACAAGUUCGUUGUGAAGGUGAGGGUUGUUGACUCCUCAGCGGCUCGAUUUUUCUUUGAUCAUUUCAUUUACAAGUUGCCAAAUGAAGAGCCAAUCCUUGAAGCAAAGGCAACUGCCGUCUGGCUUGACAAAAAUUACCGCCCUGUCCGUAUACCUCCAGAAGUAAGAUCCAAGUUAACUCAAUUUAUGAGGCAUGAGACCUCAACUUGAUUGAGUACCUAAAGAGCUUCUGUUAGUGCAGUCAAAAUUCAAAGAUGGAACAAGGAAGUCAAGAACUGUCAAAUUUGGAAAACAUCCGCAGUCCUGGAUGAAUCAUCAAUAUGACUCAACUAACUAUUUUACAGUGGGCAGUUUCAACCCAAAUUAGAGCAGCCUUUAGACCCUUUUUCUAUCCCAUUCUUUUGGUUAAGUCAGCCACUUUGAUACGCAUGUUUCCUGUCCAAAUCCAUUGUCAAAACUCAAAAGGCCACGUUUCUUCUUUUAUAGGAAAUUCCACAUCCAGAGUUUUACCAUCAGUCCGAGGAGAUGAGCUCAGGAGAUUGACAUCUCUCUCUAUAUAUAUAUGUGUAUUCUUGAGCAAUGUUGUAGUAAGAUUAAUACAAUAUAGCGUAUAUUAAUUUCAAGGGUCUGCCUUCGCUUUUUAGUAUUUAUAUAUGUUACAAAGUUCUUCAAAAAUGAAAUCGAAAAUUUAUUGUUUA